UUCCUUUUCCUCACCGUCAGCCUUGCUGCGUAGUCUACACAUAUAUAAUGGAGCGAACGCUAGUCUCCGUUGACGAUGCUAUACACACAUUCUUGUCACGCUGCUGCGCCCUUCGACCAUGGCGACGGAAAACAAUUUCGACGCCCAACUGUUCUUUUCAGACAUGAUGGAUGACCCAGCCCUGGGCCCUUGGAAUCCGUAUGCUUCGUUCGACAUUGCGACCCCUCCGCUUGAUUCAUCGCAAUUCUUCAAUGGGGAAGACUGGCGGGCCCUCGGACGCGAUGAGCAAUCCGCAUUUGCAACUCAGUUCGGUGGAACUCUAUGCAUAGAUCCGUCGUGGAUUACCGGCAUCGGCUUGGAGAACCUUGCGAUGGCCCCAGCGCUGUUGCCGGUGCCUGACGCUGGCAUGGAGUUGACGGAGACGCUUAAUCCGGACAUCCUGGGAUCAGCCUCAGCACUUGAGCCUGCCAUUGCCGGCCCAGAGACUGACGCAUCCGCCGCGGUCAAUGCCUCCAUCGACCCGACAUCAGUCACGCCCGGAGGCGGGGAUGGCAGUACUUUUGCGCCGCAGCACGAUCCAGACACGGCGAAGGACGGCAACGCUACCGAAUCCGCGCCUGGGACAGGAGCACCGCCGGGUAAAGGAGUGCCGCGGCCGCGAAUUUCGAAGAAGAUUCGAGCACUAUUAAGGGAACAUUUGGCAAAGACACCCUAUCCCACGACUAAGGAAUACCGUGCAAUCGCUCACGAGGUGAAAGAGGACGUAAAGCGGGUGCGAAACUGGUUCAACAGAACCAGGGGCCGAGAACCAACCUCAAAGAAUGGGCAUGUUUCGAGCAUUCUGCCGUCAUCUCCUGCUAGAUUGUCGGAGAAAAGCCUUGAGGAGCUAGACAAAAGCCCGGAUCAAAAUUUGCAGCCACCGAUGGAGGCCUUCCUCGCAGAGCCUCUCCGCCCGGGAUUUGGACUAAUCGAGACCCCCGCAAGUUCUGGAAACGAAAGUGGUCAUACGUCGGCCCUGGCUUCGCCUUCGCCCGUGAGGGGUGCGCGACCGCCUUCAGUUGUUUCCUCCGCAGCUUCGUCUAGCAAUUCUGUGCAGUCUACUUAUAGCAUCAGCUCACAUGGAAGUAACACGUCGUGCUUUGGGCGGGAACGCCGACGGGGGAGAAGAAAGCAGGGUUGGCGGUCCUCUCCAUAUCCGCCCUCGCAGAACCUAGAAACGGGAUCUCUGGCUACCGGUCAUAAAUUUUUCUGUACCUUCCCCGACUGCAAAGGUUGGCCGACAUUCUCGAGCAAGUAUGAGUGGAUGCGCCACGAAGCACCGCUGCAUGUUCCCAGGGAAACUUGGACCUGUCUUCCUUGCAAGGAAGAGGAUGUGGCCCUGUGCCCAUUCUGUGGCGUCCUCAGCCCUAACGAAGAACACAUGGCAUUCCAUAACUCCCAACGAUGCCGUAGCCUGCCUAAGGCGGAGAGGACUUUUUUUAGGAAGGAUCAGCUCGUUCAACAUCUCCAUGGAGUCCAUUUCGCCUGUAUGAAGCAUGCUACUGACGAACGUGGUUGCCGAAGGACUGGCUUCGUCCGCCAAGACCGUACGCAAGAUUUUGGAUGCUUCCAUCUCGCCAACAAGAGUCACAACCUUAUGCCGCCGCUACAAGCAGACGAUCCCGCAUUACACUGCGGUUUCUGCGGUGCUACGUUGCCUGAUUGGGAACAGCGCUGUGACCAUGUCGCCUCCCAUUUUGCGGAAGGGGAGUGGACUCGAGGGAUGUGGUGGCCAGAGCGGCGUGAGACAGACAUCAGGCAUCUUGCCCUUUCUUGCUCCCAAGCAUGGUCUUGUCGCUUCCUCAAGGAAAUGGUUUUGCCCCUUCAAUUUACAGUUGCUAGUGGUUGGUUCUGUUACCUCUGCGAUCAUUUUUGGGAGACGCGGAGCUCAAUCGACUGGGAAGAACAUACCAAAAGCCAUCACAAUGUCAGGGGAUGCAGCCAGGGGAUCUAUCCUUCUUUUGAUGCGUUCUAUGAACAUCUGAAAGAAGAUCACGGUGCGGAAUUGAACGGGACGUAUCUACGUGUUAUGCGUGUAUAUUCGAGCAACGGCUAUGCGAGGAACUCUUGAUCCCACCUCUCAAACGCGUGCAGGGGAAACAAGCCCCCAACUGCACUAGAAUCAAGAUUGGGCCCAGGCUCUGCCAUGCCAUUAUUAACCAGGCGAGCAUCACUCAAUUAAUCAAACACGUUAAACGUACCCAAA